CAUUUAUACGUAUUGAAAGGUAAAUUAGUACUAUAAAUAAAUAUCGUCUUAUACACUUGGACGUUCGCGCGCCAUUGUUACCUCAAAGCUUUCAUCGGGCACAGACUCAGACGAUUGUCCGUCGCACACCGUUCGACGUAUUCUAUUAUUUUAUCAUACCACAGCGACCCGGACGACAACAUCAAACAUGUCGUGGAUGGACCCGGUCCCUGAACCCCAAGACCUCUCGGAAGCCAUAACGUUGAGUAAAGAUCAAUUGAAAGUUUUGAGAAAGGGUUUCGACACGUUCGACACUGAGAAAAAUGGCAAAAUUACGUGCGCCAACAUCAACAUCAUUUUGGACAUGUUGGGCCAUGCUACCGACGCCGGAACUGUUAAGAAAAUCGUAUCCGAAAUCGACCACCAAGGAACCGGGACAUUAUCCUUUGACGACUUUUGUACGUUGGCAUCGAGAUUUAUGACUGAGGAGGAAGAGGACUCCGAAGCAAUCAAAACCGAACUCAGAGAAGCUUUUAGGCUGUACGACAAAGAAGGUAACGGUUACAUCACGACCGAAGUGCUGAGAGAAAUAUUGUCUGAACUCGACAACAACAUGUCCGACGAAGAACUGGAUCAGAUGAUCGAUGAAAUCGACGCGGACGGAUCCGGUACCGUAGACUUCGACGAAUUCAUGGAGGUAAUGACUGGUUGAUGCGAAAACGUUAUAAUAGAGUUAUCGAUAUUAUACAAUCUAACAAACGCAGCACUUUUUGAAAAAGCAACACAUUUUACAAUAUGUUUCCUUAAUUUUUGUUUUUUUUUUUUUUUUGUUGUUCUUUACGCUCAAUUUGCAAUUCGUAUGGACGUAAUGCGUUGAAUAUACUUUGUACAAUAUACGGUAGCUGAUUUAAUGCAUUAGAGUAAUCAUAAUGUAAACAUCCAUUAUCAUUAAAUUAAUAUUGUAUGCUAUCAAA